AUGAGUGACGAGAACCGCGGGGACUGCCGCGCCGAGAGCGCCAAGGACCUGGAGAAGCAGCUCCGCCUGCGCGUGUGCGUGCUCAGCGAGCUCCAGAAGACCGAGCGCGACUAUGUGGGCACGCUGGAGUUCCUGGUGUCGGCAUUCUUACACCGAAUGAACCAGUGUGCAGCAUCAAAAGUUGACAAAAAUGUAACAGAGGAAACAGUGAAGAUGUUGUUCUCAAACAUUGAAGAUAUCCUUGCAGUACAUAAAGAAUUCUUAAAAGUUGUGGAAGAGUGCUUACAUCCCGAACCUCAUGCCCAGCAAGAAGUGGGAACCUGCUUUCUUCACUUUAAAGACAAGUUUCGUAUCUAUGAUGAAUAUUGUAGUAACCAUGAGAAGGCACAAAAAUUGCUUCUUGAACUUAACAAAAUAAGAACAGUCCGGACUUUUCUUUUGAACUGCAUGCUGCUUGGAGGACGGAAGAACACAGAUGUUCCCUUGGAAGGAUAUUUAGUAACACCAAUACAAAGAAUAUGCAAGUACCCUCUCAUUUUGAAGGAGUUGCUGAAGCGGACUCCACGGAAACACAGUGACUACGCAGCAGUGAUGGAAGCCCUCCAAGCUAUGAAAGCUGUGUGUUCCAACAUAAAUGAGGCCAAGAGACAGAUGGAGAAAUUAGAAGUUUUAGAGGAAUGGCAGUCUCACAUUGAAGGCUGGGAGGGGUCAAACAUCACCGACACCUGCACUGAAAUGCUAAUGUGUGGAGUCUUACUGAAAAUUUCUUCUGGAAAUAUUCAAGAACGGGUGUUUUUUCUUUUCGAUAAUCUUUUGGUGUACUGCAAAAGAAAACACAGACGGUUGAAGAACAGCAAGGCAUCUACAGACGGACAUCGGUACCUUUUUCGUGGCCGGAUCAAUACAGAGGUGAUGGAAGUGGAGAACGUGGAUGAUGGCACAGCUGAUUUCCAUAGCAGUGGACACAUUGUUGUUAAUGGAUGGAAGAUACAUAACACAGCAAAAAAUAAAUGGUUUGUUUGUAUGGCAAAAACACCCGAAGAGAAGCAUGAAUGGUUUGAAGCUAUUUUGAAGGAAAGAGAACGGCGAAAAGGCUUAAAAUUAGGAAUGGAGCAAGACACCUGGGUAAUGAUCUCUGAACAGGGCGAAAAACUUUAUAAAAUGAUGUGCAAACAAGGAAAUCUGAUCAAAGACAGAAAAAGAAAACUGACUACGUUCCCUAAAUGCUUUCUUGGAAGCGAAUUUGUGUCAUGGCUGUUGGAAAUUGGAGAGAUUCACAGGCCUGAGGAAGGUGUUCACUUGGGACAAGCAUUAUUAGAAAAUGGGAUCAUUCACCAUGAUAAAGAUUACCAUUUAAGGACCUACAAAUCUGUGGUCAUGGCCAACAAACUGAUAGACUGGCUAAUCGCACAGCAGUAUAAAGUCACAGGGACAGUCCUUGAAAAAAGUGAAUUCAAAGAUGAACCUCUACUUUUCCGUUUUUUUUCGGAUGAGGAAAUGGAAGGAUCAAAUAUGAAACAUCGACUUCUGAAACAUGAUUUAAAAGUUGUAGAAAAUCUUAUUGCCAAAUCAUUAUUGAUUAAAUCUAAUGAAGGCAGCUAUGGCUUUGGGCUAGAAGACAAAAAUAAAGUUCCAAUAAUAAAGUUGGUAGAAAAGGGGUCUAAUGCUGAGAUGGCUGGCAUGGAAGUUGGGAAAAAGAUUUUUGCUAUUAAUGGUGACCUGGUUUUUAUGAGACCUUUUAAUGAAGUGGAUUGCUUCCUGAAAUCAUGCUUAAACAGCCGAAAGCCUCUAAGAGUCCUUGUGAGCACAAAGCCAAGGGAGACAGUGAAAAUCCCAGAUUCAGCUGAUGGACUUGGAUUCCAGAUCCGAGGAUUCGGCCCUUCAGUCGUACAUGCUGUAGGAAGAGGAACUGUGGCCGCAGCAGCUGGCCUUCACCCUGGACAGUGUAUCAUCAAAGUAAAUGGAAUCAAUGUCAGCAAAGAGACUCAUGCCAGUGUCAUUGCGCACGUUACAGCCUGCAGGAAGUACAGGCGGCCGAUGAAGCAAGAUUCCAUACAAUGGGUUUAUAACAGCAUUGAGAGUGCUCAAGAGGACCUUCAAAAAUCUAACUCCAAGGCCCCUGGAGAUGAAGCAGGGGAUGCUUUUGACUGCAAGGUAGAAGAGGUCAUCGACAAGUUCAACACCAUGGCGAUCAUUGACGGGAAGAAGGAGCACGUGAGUCUGACGGUGGACAACGUCCACCUGGAGUACGGCGUCGUGUACGAGUACGACAGCACGGCUGGCAUCAAGUGCAAUGUGGUGGAGAAGAUGAUCGAGCCCAAAGGCUUCUUCAGCCUGACUGCCAAGAUUCUUGAAGCCCUGGCCAAAAGUGAUGAUCAUUUUGUACAAAACUGCACCAGCCUUAAUUCUCUAAAUGAAGUGAUUCCUACUGACCUUCAGAGUAAAUUCAGUGCCAUUUGCAGUGAAAGAAUUGAACACAUAUGUCAGAGAAUAUCCAGUUAUAAAAAGUUUUCUCGUGUACUGAAGAACAGAGCCUGGCCCACUUUUAAACAGGCCAAAUCUAAAAUCUCCCCACUGCACAGCAGUGAUUUCUGCCCCACCAACUGCCAUGUCAACGUGAUGGAAGUUUCUUAUCCCAAAACAUCAACCUCCCUGGGGAGUGCAUUUGGUGUUCAGCUGGAUAGUAGGAAGCACAAUUCUCAUGAUAAAGAAAAUAAAUCUUCUGAGCAAGAACGUAAGACAUCAGAGUGUAUAAUACCAACAGACAGCGACAAUGAGAAGGGGGAGAGAAAUAGCAAACGAGUCUGUUUUAACGUAGCAGGAGAUGAACAGGAAGAUUCAGGUCACGAUACCAUCAGCAACAGAGACUCUUACAGCCUUCUGUCUUCGAUAACAUAUUCUCCUAAAUUAGAACGUAAGACAUCAGAGUGUAUAAUACCAACAGACAGCGACAAUGAGAAGGGGGAGAGAAAUAGCAAACGAGUCUGUUUUAACGUAGCAGGAGAUGAACAGGAAGAUUCAGGUCACGAUACCAUCAGCAACAGAGACUCUUACAGAAUGUUCAAUAUUAAUCAAAUGAAAGUUAUUCUCAUCAGAGGCGAUGAACUUCCUUUAAGUGUUCGCAUUUCUCAUGAUAAACAGGACAAGAUACAUAGUUGCCUUGAGCAUCUUUUCAGCCAGGUGGAUUCAAUUACCAAUCUCCUAAAAGGGCAAGCUGUUGUGAGGGCCUUUGACCAAACCAAGUAUCUCACACCUGGUCGAGGAUUACAAGAGGUAAAGUGUAGGAUACUCCUGGCUCUUCUUGAAUAUUCAGACAGUGAGACGCAGCUCCGGAGAGACAUGGUUUUCUGCCAGAGUCUCGUGGCCACCGUCUGUGCCUUCUCUGAGCAACUCAUGGCGGCCUUAAACCAGAUGUUUGACAACAGCAAGGAAAAUGAGAUGGAAACUUGGGAAGCCAGCAGGAGGUGGCUGGAACAGAUAACAAAUGCAGGCGUUCUUUUUCACUUUCAGUCACUUCUGUCACCAAACUUGACAGAUGAACAAGCCAUGUUGGAAGAUACAUUGGUUGCACUAUUUGAUUUAGAAAAGGUUUCCUUUUACUUUAAACCAUCAGAAGAGGAACCACUGGUUGCAAAUGUUCCUCUUACAUAUCAAGCGGAAGGAAGUCGUCAAGCUCUGAAAGUUUACUUCUACAUUGACAGUUACCAUUUUGAACAACUGCCUCAACGGUUGAAAAAUGGAGGAGGGUUUAAAAUUCAUCCUGUUCUUUUUGCACAAGCACUGGAGAGCAUGGAAGGAUAUUAUUAUAGAGACAAUGUUUCUGUGGAAGAAUUUCAAGCCCAGAUAAAUGCAGCCUCGUUGGAAAAGGUCAAACAGUACAACCAGAAGCUCAGGGCAUUCUACUUGGACAAGUCCAAUUCACCACCAGACUCCACAUCCAAAGCUGCCUAUGUAGAUAAGCUCAUGAGGCCUCUCAAUGCCUUGGAUGAACUUUACCGGCUGGUAGCCUCGUUUAUCAGAUCCAAACGCACGGCCGCGUGUGCGAACACAGCCUGCAGCGCCUCUGGAGUGGGGCUGCUGUCAGUCUCCUCGGAGCUGUGCAGCCGGCUGGGCGCCUGUCACAUCAUCAUGUGCAGCAGCGGCGUCCACCGGUGCACCCUGAGUGUGACGCUAGAGCAAGCCAUCAUUCUGGCCAGAAGCCAUGGACUGCCUCCCCGCUACAUUAUGCAGGCUACAGAUGUGAUGCGCAAGCAGGGAGCGAGAGUUCAGAACACAGCAAAGAACUUGGGAGUCAGAGACCGGACCCCACAGUCUGCCCCAAGGCUGUACAAGCUGUGUGAGCCGCCUCCCCCGGCCGGAGAAGAAUGAAAAGAAUUCCCAAGGACCAGGCAGGCAGAAGCUUCUCGGUGCUGGACGAGACAAACUACAUGCCGGUUAAACAUUCCCCCCAGAAGAUUAAGAAAUUUACUUUUUUCUGUAAAUCUUUCACCUGGUGUAAAUAGCUAGUGUUCAGCUUGUACUUGGAUAUUUAUGCUGGAAAUGGAUAGGAGUUCAUUCAGACAAUUCAGCUUCACAAACUGAUCUCUCUAUGUAUCUGUAGUAAAUAUUCAUCUUUAGGGCAAAAUCCAU